AUGGAGUUCGAGGUGAGAGAAGUAGGGGGAAUAGAGAGUUGUUAUGUAUCUCUCCCACUCUCACUCAUCCAAGCCCUACAGUCCAGUUAUCUUCCUCCAAUUCUCGCAGUUGAACUUCGCUCCGGUGCUAACCUCUGGCAUGUGGCGUGGUCUGGUUCCCUUUCCUCUUCAUCUCCUUCCUCAAUUGAGAUUGCUAAGCAGUAUGCGGAGUGUAUUGGAUUGAGCGACCGUACGGUGGUUAAAGUACGAAUUGUUAGUAAUUUACUGAAAGCUACGCUUGUGACGGUUGAGCCUCUCACGGAGGAUGAUUGGGAGAUUCUCGAGCUCAAUUCCGAGCUUGCUGAAGAAGCUAUUCUGAAGCAGGUAUUCGCUGAAUAG